AUGCCCAAGUCGACUCUCGAUGAAUUACUGCAUGCGCCAGAAGCUCAGAUCCGGGUAAUACUGCGCGCCCUCUGCCAGGAUACACAGGUUCGGAACAGUGCACUGGACUACCUCGACAGUUUGAAGAUCUUAUACGGAUCGGAUUCGGGAGUCUUUGGCCCUGAUGCUACGACUACUACGAAGCGUAAGGCAGACGACGAGAUUCUCAUCUGCGUCCAAUGCGAUUGUUCAUUUUAUAAGAAUGGAAAUGACAAGACGUCGUGUGAAUAUCACUGGGGAGAGUGUGAGCCUGACUACGAGUCUAACUACUGGGCGGAUCAUGAUGAGGGAUCCCAUGGGCCGAUAGACACGAAGGAUAAUCGUAAAGACUGCCCGGAAGGUUUUGUGUGGACUUGUUGCGAUAAGAAUUACACUGAAGAUGGAUGCGCCCGCGGUUUUCACGAGGCGGACCCUAGAAAGUCCAGAAGGGAAAGCGGUCGUGAGCCGAGUGAUGUUGAUGACGAUGACGACGAGGAUGAUCUUGAUGAGGAUGAAGAUGAGGAAGAUGAAGACGACGAAGAACCUGUGUUUCUCAGCGCAAACAAGAAGUGA